CACAAUAGACAGCACACACACACACACAUACACACAAUAGACAGCACACACACAUACACGCAAUACACAGCACACACACAUACACGCAAUACACAGCACACACACAUACACACACACACAGACACAGAAACAGGAAACAGCAAACACACAGCACACAAACACAGACACACCCAGACAGUUGGGUAUAUCUUCAGCCAGCUAUGAUGUUUGUGUUGGACUCUGGACCAGCUGCAGAUUGAAGUCUAAGGAGGAGCAACACGGGUUUUCAGUCCGUCAGCAUGGCACUCGUCUUCCUCCUCCUCUUCCUCCCCCUCUCUCACCACUCCAAUGCCAUGACUGGUUGCCAUAGUGACCGUGACAAAGACCACCGCCCCCGGGUCAACUGCACGGCAACCAACCUUAGUGACGUCCCCGCCAGCAUCGACACGACAACCAAGGUGCUGAUCUUCACCCAGAACCAGUUCUCCAGUCUAACCUGGUCCUCCUAUAGUCACUUCCCAGAGCUCUAUGAAAUAGAUCUGAGCCACAACGCAGUUCCAGAGGUUCCCCUGUCCCCCGGCCCGAUUCUCCCCACUCUAGGGGUUCUACGCCUGGUAGGGAACCGCAUUAGAACCCUGCCCCCUCACUCCUUCAGGGCCACGCCGGGCCUGCUAGAACUCUAUCUGGACCAGAACAUUCUGGAGACACUAGACGACCUGUCCUUCUCUGGGCUCAGGCUGCUACAGGUCAGUACGCCACUUAAUUAGUUGAUUUGUUUA